AUGCCGACACAGGACGUGGACACGGACCGUGUUCUUAACAUAGCAGAGGCAGUCAUGGAUGGCAAAAUAAGAAACGAGCUCAUCCAGGCCUACGGACAAGAUACAGUAUAUGGUCGGCUGAUCCGAGAGCUCGCCACAGUCAAUGGAUGCAAGCCCCGAAAGGACAACGAGGGCGUCGUCAAUGCUUCCAAGCCGGGCCAUACCUUUAGAGUGGCAAACGGUCUUUUGUACAACAGAGACAGUGAGGGUACAGAGCGACUCGUUGUGCCCUUUGGCAUGAUCAAACCUUCCUGGCGGAAGCACACGACAACAAACACCACUUUGGCUGACAGCGCAUAACUACAGGUCUAGAUGGAGUCCACUUUAGAAAUAAGAGGUCUGCCCCUUGCCAAGGCCACGGGCACGCCCUGGCAAUACCGACACGAGGCACAACGCCCUCCUAACCAUCACCUGCAAGACGAGCAAGCGGUCCAUGAUCAUCCCGGGCCACGAUACCUACUCGGCCUCGGACUGGGCCAUGUCUUGACCCGCCAAUUCCUCAUGGCCGAUUGGCCCUGCCCUCGCGCCAUUAUCUUCGAUAGGGACCGGAAGUUCAUUGGAAGCUUCUGACAAGGUCUGGCGGUCCUUCGGGACGAAAUUAAAUAUGACCACGGCCUACCACCCCAGGCAGAUGGUCAAUCCGAACGCAAGAACCAAUUGGUUGAACUCGCCAUCCGUUUCCACGCGCAAGAACACUCACAGACGUGGGUCGAUAUCAUUCCAGCUCUGCAGUGGGACCUCAACAAUUCUCGGGUGUCAUCCAUCGACAGUGUCACGUGACGCACGGUCUUCCUGGUGACAGCUCCGCGUUCGCGGUGGCCCACGUCCUGGCCCUGUAGGCCUGGUCGUAACAAUCCUGCGUGUGCUCGGCGGGGUAUCAUCUGUUAGGUGGGCUGAGCUCGCUAAAAUGCGUUUGGUGCCGGGAGAUUCACGACAAGGGGGCGUCACCAGAGCUUGUGAUGCCCCGGAACUGUUGGUCAUGCACCCUUUUAACCUUCCUUCGGUAUCCACACCAUCAAGUCCAUGCAGCUACCAGCUGGCAAGAUUUACGUCAAACCCCCUGGGCUUCAACUGCGGUGCAUGGGGGCGCUCGCUGUCGGUGCCAGAGGCUUGCUCGUGAAUGCCCAAUUAGAACGCGACCACCAAGUGUAACGCGUUAGGCACCAGGUCGACUGUCGCGUUAGCACAAAUAACAUAUACCUCCACCAGUCCUCCCACUCUCCGUUCCUGAACAAUAGGGUGGCACUUUCGUUGCUUUAGCAAAUACGAGCCUGUUGUGCGGCUGCAUCGCCGCCGCCUCGCCGAGAGAUUGGGAGGGCCUUAUGGUAGACGGAUGUGGAUUUUGGCGCCGUUGUGUGCUAGUUUGAUAUGAUAAUGUAGAUUUGAAAAAAGAAAAGCUGUACAUUAAAGCCAUUAAGCAUUCACAAUAUUGAUCACCCUCGCAGCUUGCCGCCAGUGGCUCACCCGG